UAAAUACUUUCUUUUUUUAAAAAAUGCGUUAACCAUAUGUAAGAAUAUAAAUUGGGUGUUUGUAAUACAAACUCAAUUAUCAUCUGGAAAUAAGAUGCCAUCUUUGGAAGUAGACAAUGGCAUUAAUUCUUCUAUUAAUGGCGACGAUCAAUCAAAAUCUUUGUCUGGACCGAUAAUUGGAAUAAUAUAUCCUCCGCCGGAAGUGAGGAAUAUUGUUGAUAAAACCGCUAGUUUUGUAGCUCGAAAUGGGCCUGAAUUUGAAGCUCGCAUCAGACAAAAUGAACUGGGCAAUGCAAAAUUUAAUUUUUUGAGUUCAGGGGAUCCAUACAAUGCGUAUUAUAGGCACAAAGUAAAUGAAUUUAGGGAGGGAAAGGGUAAAUAUAAAGAGUACUUAAAUAAUAUACAACAGUGGUAUGAAACUUCAUUAAAAACAGAUGCAUCUGGCGGUCCAAGUGUUAUUACUGGUGUUAAGCAGUUAUCUGUUACAAAUGCUGCACAGCAAAAGCAACAAGAACUUCUAAAACAAGUAGCAGAGCAACAAUUUGUGCCUAAAGACCCUCCUCAAGACUUUGAGUUUAUAGCAGACCCUCCGUCUAUAUCUGCUUUAGAUUUAGACAUUGUUAAGUUAACAGCACAAUUUGUAGCCCGAAAUGGUCGUCAAUUUCUGACAAAUCUCAUGAACCGUGAGCAACGUAAUUUCCAGUUUGACUUUUUAAGACCCCAGCACUCAUUGUUUCAAUAUUUCACAAAAUUAUUAGAGCAGUACACAAAAAUAUUAAUUCCUCCCAAAGAUCUUUUAAACAAAUUACGUAUAGAGGGUUCGGAAGGACGUAGCAGUAUGAAUUUAGUUUUAGAACAAGUAAAAUACAGGGCAAAUUGGCAAAAGCAUCAAGAAGCUCAACGUCGACGUGAAGAGGAGAAAGUUGAGAAAGAGAGGGUGGCUUACGCUCAAAUAGAUUGGCAUGAUUUCGUAGUGGUUGAAACAGUGGACUAUCAACCUUUUGAAACAGGCAAUUUUCCACCACCAACAACACCUGAAGAAGUAGGUGCUCGUGUACUAAUGGAAGAAAGAUUGCUGGAAGAAGAUGGGGACAUAGAAAUGCAAAUUGAAUCGGAAGAAGAAGAUGGUCAAGAGGAAACAGUCCGACUUAAAUUGUCACAAAUGGAAAAUCGUACUGGCAUACAAAUGAAAGGCACCACAUAUAAUCAACAAGGAACUAAUGUGAAGAAAGAUAAUACACAAGUUCAAGAUAUGGACGAAGCCUCUAGUGAUGAAGAGUCUCCAUCUAAUUCAAAGAUGCAGCCACCAGUUACACCUCUUCUACCACCAACACAUGAUAAGGUUGUGGUUAAGAAAUACGAUCCGAAAGCUAUUCAGCAGAAACAACAGAAGCCAGCAACUACAGAUGAGUAUUUGAUUUCUCCAAUAACCGGGGAAAAAAUACCGGCAUCAAAGGUGGCAGAACAUAUGCGUAUUGGUUUAUUGGAUCCCCGUUGGGUUGAACAGCGUGAUAAACAUACUGUUGAAAAAAUUAAUCAAGAUACAGUAUAUGCUGCUGGUACUGCUAUUGAGGCUAGUCUAAAACAAUUAGCAGAACGUCGUACAGAUAUUUUUGGCGUUGGCGAUGAAGAGACAGUUAUUGGAAAGAAAUUGGGUGAAGAGGAAACAAAAAAAGAUGAUCGCGUCACUUGGGAUGGGCAUACAUCAAGCGUGGAGGCAGCAACACGAGCGGCUCGAGCUAAUAUUACUUUGGAAGACCAGAUUCAUCAAAUUCAUAAAGUAAAAGGCCUUCUUCCAGAUGAAGAAAAAGAAAAGAUUGGGCCUAAACCAGUUAGCAACAAACCUUCUUUAUCGGCACCACCACUAUCACAUCCAGCAUCUAUUAAAGGUCAUUCUCAACUUGGACAUCAUGUUGUUUCUCAUCAUCAUCAUCAAUCACAGCAAUCGUCACAACAGCAAACGCACUCUCAGCCAUCUCCGCAUAAUAUGCCACCUUCUGCGCCAGUAAUGAUGAUGCCAAUGAGACCACCGCCCCCAAUGUUGGCUCCACCAUAUCCCGUAGGUGGUUAUAUGCCUAUACAAUCCGGUGGACCACCGCAAAUGCCAUCCGUACCAAAUAUAAUGGAUCAAACAAUGAUGCCCCUUCCACUAAUGUCAGUAGAUGAAGAGCCACCAAAUAAAAAAAUGCGAUCAGAAGAUAAUCUGAUUCCAGAAGAAGAGUUCGUAUCGAAACAUAAGAGCCCCAUUACUAUUCAAAUACAAAUUCCUAAUGUAGUUGACAAGUCGGAAUGGAAAUUAAACGGACAAACAAUUGCAUUUUCAUUAUCGCUCGCAGAUACCGUUUCUAAUUUAAAAGCGAAGAUUCAAGAUGAAACUGGAAUGCCACCUGCUAAACAGAAAAUUUCAUAUGAGGGAAUGUUCAUCAAGGAUAGUAAUACUAUGGCGUUUUAUAAUCUCUUUAGUGAUGCCACUAUACAUCUACAAAUCAAAGAACGUGGUGGACGUAAAAAAUAAAAGUUUAAAAUAUUA